GGCGUCCCUUCUAGAAUCCUGUCUGGCGAGGAAGGCUCUCGAUUCUAGUUGAUACUUUCAAGGUCCUAAAAUUCAGAUCUUCUCCCUCAUCUCUCCCCAAUUUCUCCCCCACUAGAGCAACCCCGCAUCAGCCCUACGCACAAACAUGGCGACUCCGUCGGACCUGAACCAGCUCCUAGAGAUGGGGUUCGAGAAGCAGCGUGCAGAAAUAGCAGUCAAGAAGAGUGGCGGCUUACAGGGCGCCCUGCAGUGGCUGGAGGAUAACCAAGACAAGUCGGUGGAGGAGAUCCUCGCGUCCGCACCCGAUCCAGAGACCGACCCCAGCAUCGAACCUGCGGCUCUCAAGGAAGGCGAGGUCGCGCGGUCAUUACAGUGCGAUGACUGCGGGAAGAAGUUUCGUAGCAUGGCACAGGCAGAGUUUCACGGAACCAGAACUGGGCAUGAGAAUUUCUCGGAAUCGACAGAGGAGAUCGCUCCCCUGACCGAAGAAGAGAAGAAGCAGAAGUUAGAAGAGCUGCGAGCUAAGAUGGCAGAGAAGAGAGCCAAGCAAGCGAUCCUAGACAAAGAAGAGCAGAAGAGGAACGAGAAAAUCAGAAUGAAAUCCACAAAAGAAGUCCAAGACGCGAAGGAGGAGCUUGCAAAGAAAGAACAGAUCAAAGCCGCGGCCGCCAAACGCCAGGAAAAGCUCGCCGACAUAGCCGCCAAGAAGCGCAUCCAAGAGAAGAUUGCCGCCGACAAAGAAGAGCGCCGUCUCCGCGCCGAGAGGCAAAAGGCCGAGCGCGAAGGCCGCGCGCCCCCUCCUGAUCCCUCCCUGGCCGCCGCGCCCGCGCCCUCGGCACCCAAACCGGCCGCGGCCCACACGGAAGCAAGAUUAAGACUGCAGAUGGCGAGCGGCACGGUCAUGAAGACGUAUCCGGUCGGCACGACGCUGUUUGAGGUGGCGCAGGCGAUCGAGGCGGAGAGCGGGACGCCCGUCACCAGCUUCACGACGACGUAUCCGAAGAAGACUUACGAGGGCGGGGCGGACCUGGGCAUGACUCUCAAGGAGGCGGGGUUGGUCCCCAGUGCGGUCUUGAUCGUGAAGUAG